ACGACGCAGCAUCAUCAAGCAAUUAAGCGACGACGCAAGCAUCAGGCCGUAAACAGCAACGCAAUAAAGCGCCAAGCUGUAAACAGCAACCGACGCAAUUAUGGUUUAUCGUUAAGAAAGAUGUGGGGAAAAGGGCAAGCUGUCGCAAUUGGUUACAUUGCACAUCUACCACAUGACAGGGCUAUCUUCAUUAGGCCUAAACACAAGUGCCUAAACAUAACUACUCAGUCCCUCUCCGCGGUCAUUGCUGCUCCUGAAGAAGUUGUCCAAGCCGCCGCAGACGGAAACCCGCAGAAACACUCCCCAACUGCGACAGCGGUUUUUUAUUAUCAAGAAAGUGGAAAGGUGUUAUCUAUGCUGACGAAAAAAGUGUACGGAAGUAGACCAGAGAAAGGAAAAGGUGGAAGCUAUGCUAACGAGAGAAGACAGUAA